GUGGAAUGAGUCCCUUUUCAGAACGGCAUCCCUGAUCCAGCACCGCACACUCCGUCAGCAUUGACCAAAUCGAGAUGUCACAGUCAACAGCCCCACCCAACCAAGGGUACCCUGACCAUGCAAUAGCCGUAGUGGGGAUGAGCUGCCGGCUGCCGGGGGCCCGCAGCCCUAAGGAGUUCUGGAGCCUCCUGGCGGCAGGACAGUGCAUGGCUAGCGAGCCUCCCAACACCCGGUUCCCACUCAAAGCCCACUGGCGGAGUGGAGACCGCUUGUCUACGGUCCAUGUCAAUUUCCUCGACGAGGUCGACACCUUUGACCACCGAUUCUUCGGCCGAUCGAGUCGAGAGGCGGCCACUAUGGACACGGCGCAGCGCCUCCUCUUAGAAGCCACCUACCAUGCCCUGGAGAGCUCCCACUACUUCCGGCCCGGCACCCAGCCCGAGACCAACGUGGGUUGUUAUAUCGGGGGCUUUGGAUCGGACUACAACGACAAUCUGGCGGCUCAUCCGCCGAGUGCCUUCGCUGCGCUUGGCAGUCUCCGGGCCUUUCGCAGCGGUCGCAUCAGUCAUUUCUUCAACUGGACCGGGCCCUCCAUGACCCUCGAUACCGCGUGCUCCUCCUCCCGGGUCGCCAUUGAUGCCGCCUGCAAGGACCUUCUUUUGGGCAACUGCACGGCUGCCCUUGCGGGGGGGGUCGAGGUGAUGACAAGCCCGUACCUCUAUCAGAAUCUAGCGGGGUCAUUCUCAGCCCAACCGGUCGGUGAUCCCAUCCUUGGGGUCAUCUGUGCAUCGUCUGUCCGACAGAUCAGCAACGAGGUCCCCAUUACCACCCCAGAUCCGGCAGCCCACCGGGCCUUAUAUAGACGUCUGCUCACAGCGGCGGCGAUGGAAUCGCACGAGGUCAGCUAUGUGGAGGCCCACGCAGCCGGGACCCGGGUCGGUGAUAUCCCCGAAUAUCAGGCAAUUGUUGAGGUGUUCGCUGGGCCCAGUCGCCAAUAUCGGGCACACGGAGGGGGCGUCCGGAGUAGUAGGCCUGAUCAAAGUGAUCCUUAUGAUGCAGCAUCGCCAAAUCCCACCUCAGGCCAAUGUCAACGGCUUCAUUCGGAGAUCGACCAGUCGCGGGAUCACAUCAUGGUUCCACACCAGAUGCAACCGUGGCAGGCACAGCCCAUGGUGGCCUGUUUGAACAAUUUUGGUGCGGCAGGGAAUAUCACAGCGAUGAUUGUCAAGGAGCCUCCCACUCAUGAGGCCGGUGACCCGGACACAAGGGUGGCGACGUAUCCGGCAGUCAAGCAAUGGCUUCAGGAUUCGGGAGCGACGGCUGGAGGAAGUAUUCAAGAGGUUGCAUUCAGCCUGGCAGGCAAAAUGAACCUUCAACUCCGGUAUCAGUGGUCAGCGACGGUCCAAACACUGCCUGAAUUGAUACAGAAACUUCAGACUGUGGGGAAUCCGGUCGCGUUAGAGUCACUCGGUCGGCCUAAGAGUACCAAACCCGUGGUCUUCCUGUUCUCUGGGCAGACAGGCACCACCGCGUCUGUGGACCGAAUCCUUUACGAGACCUGCAGUCAGUUCCGGCAUCAUCUUGAUGAAUGUGCUCGUGCCACCAGUGCUGUAGGUGGGAUGUCACUGUAUCCGGCGAUCUUCGAGGACAUUUCAUGCCACGAGCUGGCUACCCUCCACGCCAGGAAGUUUGCCAUCCAAUAUGCAUGUGCGCGAGCAUGGAUUGAUAGUGGCCUUCAGGUUGCGCGAAUGCUGGGGCACUCAAUCGGCCAACUAGUUGCGUUGGCUCUGUUACAGUACAACGAUCUGGAGAUCGCCUGUUACAAUGGGCCCAACAGCUACAUUGUCGCCGGGCCCGAGGCAUCAAUCCAGAACGCGGUGGACGACAUGCAGCGGCAGCAGAUUCGGCACAAGCGUCUGAACGUCACGCACGGUUAUCAUAGCUGGUUAACAGAGCCCGUUCUGGAGGAUCUUCACACUCUCGCCUCUGAGCUGACUUUCCUCCCGCCGCGAGUCCAUCUCGAGCCCUGUUCGGACAGUCAGCGUUGGGAUCUACCCACGCCAGACCUUAUUUGCCAACAAACACGAGAGCCGGUCUACUUUCAAGCUGCAGUUGAUAGGAUAGUGAGUGAGCUUGGUCCCUGUGCAUGGCUGGAAGCCGACUUGGGCUCUGUGGCGGUCCAGAUGGCAUCUGCCGCCGUCCCGGAGGAGAUGCGCAAGCAUCACACUUUCCUCCCAGGACGCGCCUCAAAUCCGCAAUCUUUGGGUGACAUAACCAGAGGCCUCUGGGAGGACGGGCAGAAUGUGGGUUUCUGGUCUUUCCAAGGUUCUGCGAGUCGCGGAUGCAGGCUCCUGACUCCGCCAAUGUACUCGUUCACGAAAUACCGACACUGGCUUGGGUGGAAGGAGUCAACCACGGCAUCGAAGCCUCGAUCUCCGACAGAGGAGAAAGUCCAGCUGGUGAGCCUGGAACGCUAUCAAGAUCACAAGACGGGGAAAGAUUGGAGGCUGAGAAUUGACCCCCGAGCUCCUGAAUGGGCUUUACUGGUUGAUCAACAUGCCGUCUCCGGUACGGGCGUUUGUCCCGCCUCGCUCUAUGUCGAGAUUGUGAUGCGCGCAGCGCGGCUCAUUUCACCCGCGCAAAACGGAUUUGCAACAGGGCGCAUUCGCUUUGCCGAAAACGACGAUGAUCUCGUGCAGCGGACCUCCGACUUGAUCACUCUAGAUUCCACCUGUCAGUCCAUCAUGGCACACAAUCAGCCUAGUGACCAGACCUGUGAUAUAGGCGGGGAUGUUCUCUACCGUUUAUUGGCACCAGUGGUGACCUAUGGGAAGGUCUAUAAGCUCAUCCGGCGCUGGCAUUGGGCCCCUCAGUAUGCCAGAGCUCACCUUCAAUUGUCUCGAGAUUCUCCCCUUCUCCCUGACUCGGAGCUGAUCCCGCCCGUGGUGUUGGAGGGUUUGUUACAAGUAGCUGGGGCACAUACCAACCUCUUCCGCAGUCCCAGUCAGACUCGAGAAAUGGGAAUCUACCUCUGCGCACGGGCGAGGUGCAUCCAACCCAGUCCUCAACUCUCCUGGGAGUCCUGCCAUGCAGGCUGGCAGGUGGUGGCGCGGACAAUCAGGCAGGAUGCCACGUCGAUAGAGUACGACAUCCUGGCCUUCAUCCUUGAGACCGGUCAGCUGGCCCUAACUGUCUAUGGGGUUGAGUUCCGUCACUCCCCAGCUGGAUCGCUUGAGAAAGCCCUUGCCUCGAGGUUGGCAGCAGCCCCCAGCCCCACCAUGACGAGGUCACCAAAGGCCGAGCACGAGGAACGAGUCGGAGGGCCCGGUGUGCCGGACGAAGCAUCUCCACCCGAUCUGACCGUCGAUGUUGGGGCACGGGUCAAUAGGAUCCUGGGCGAUCUGGUCAACGACCCCCUCAAUGGGCUAUCAGCCACCACCACCCUCCAGAGCAUUGGUGUAGACUCGUUUGGGAUCAACGAACUGCGACAGAAGAUCAAGGAAAUAUACAAUGUGGACAUUGCUGCCAGCAACAUUGGCGUGCAGACAUCCCUGGAGACUCUAUACCGCUGUGUGCGAGCCCAGGUUGCUCCGCCGUCGCCGCUGUCUCGCACACCAUCACUUUCGCGCUCGGAGAGCUUUCCCCACAGCGAGGAAACCUCCUCUUGUUCUGAAACACACUCCGAGGCGCGAGCUUCCGUAGCCGAUCGAUUGCAGCGACUAUUAGAGGCGCAUCUGGGCCCGCUUGAGCUCACUGAGCCGGCAGCCACGCUGACCGAUUUGGGUGUUGACUCGUUGCUCUUUCAGGAGUUCGUGGGAGACAUCGAGAAAGAGUUCUGCUGCUCCAACGCCAAAGUACAAAUCCAACCUGCCACCACGUUUUCCGACUUGUGUGCCCGCCUAGGAGGUGACCAGAUUCAACUAGGUCCUGGGCAGUCGCUGUCAGCCAGACGGGUUAUUAUCCCCGAGGACAAGUCACAAGCGAGUCCUCGGCAUGGGGCUUGGAAACCACAGAUCACGUUCAAUCAUAUACAGAGCAGCUUUCCGGGGCUAGCGAGGCAAAAUGGUUGGCUUGGGUAUUGGGAUAACGUGCACCCCUUGCAGUUUCAACUAACCGUUGCCUACGUCCUUGAUGCCUUUGCCCAGAUCGGCUGUGAUGUGCGUACGAUGGAACCUGGACGUGGCGUGCCCUCCAUCCAGCACCGUUUCGAGCAUGAGCUCCUUCAUCUGACGGGCACAGAUCUAGCUGGUCUAAUCUCUGGCCGCAUUGACCCUUUACAGCGACUGUUUGGCAGCCCCAAGAACCGGCAGCUGUUGACUGAAUUUUACGGUGACGCCCCCAUGUUCCGCAGUACAAACGAGCUGUUGUGCCAAUUUGUCAAGGAGCUGGUGAUGAGCCCGGGCUCACCCCGUCCCAUCCGCAUCCUCGAGCUCGGCGCUGGAACCGGUGCAUCUACUGUCCCCUUGCUCGAUACGUUAUCCGACUCCGGCGUCCCAUUCCAGUAUUGCUUCACUGACAUCUCGAGCUCAAUGGUAGAGACCGCCCAACGUCGGUUCAAGGCCUACCACGACUCGAUGCAGUUUCUGGUCGUCAAUGUCGAGCAGCCCCCGAAGCCUGACCUUCUGGGGCGAUUCGACCUCAUUGUGUCCACCAACUGUUUACAUGCCACACGUAACCUCCAGGUAUCGCUCUCGAACGCGCGUCAGAUGCUGCGACCCGACGGACUGAUCUGCCUGAAUGAGAUUACCCGGCGGCUGUUCUUUAUGGAUUUGAUCUUCGGUCUGCUGGAAGGCUGGUGGCUGUUCGACGACGGGCGUUCGUACGCGUUGGGGUCCCCCGCCACGUGGAACAAUGCUAUGCGCGGUGCAGGAUUUCAGCAGGUUAUGAUAAGUGACGGGCCCAGCCCGGAAGCGCAGACUGUUCGACUGAUCUGCGGAUUCGCCUUGGAGUGCGACCAAAUUCCAACUUAUUGCCCCCCUUGUGAGGUGGAUUGUGAAACCCUGGUUUGGAAGACCGGCAAGCCGCAUCUCUCGGCGGAUAUCUACUACCCUCCCAGGCUUCAGCUGGGGCCUGCGUACAAUUAUUCUAUGGCUCUUCUCCUGCACGGUGGUGCAAACGUCAUGCUGUCAAGAAAGCAUGUUCCCCAAGAUCAGAUCCAAUUCCUCCUCAGCCAAGGAAUCGUCCUGGUGAGCGUCGACUUUCGUCUUUGUCCUGAGGUAAACAUCCUUGAUGGGCCGAUGACCGACACGCGGGAGGCCCUGCAGUGGGUGCGCACGCAACUGCCGCAACUUACACUCAAACACCGUGGUCUGUGCCUGGAUGGCGAUCGUGUGGGAGUCAUCGGCUGGUCCUCUGGAGGCACCCUUGCGCUUUUGCUCGGCCAAGCAUGGGAUAUUCCAGGAUAUCGACCUCCCGAAGCCAUUGUUUCUUUCUACUGUCCCACCGACUUCGAAGACCCAUACUUCACCACGCCCCGCGAGCUUCCGGCGCAAGCCUCACGCAAGGACGGCGAUCCUACUAUCCUCGACGACGUCCAAUCUCAGCCGAUAAGCGGCCACGAUUUCAACCACGAGGACAUCGUCACCGCAUACGCGCUGGCCGCCCGCAGCCCCCGCGCGCGGAUCUACACGCAUAUGCUUCGUCAUGGGCAGACCCUUCAGAUCUUUGCCAACGGACUGCCACCUCGCAGUGCGAUUCCCAACACCGAGGAGGCGAUCAAUUCCAUUCUCUUCGCCCCGCCGCCGCCCACGGAUCGGAUUCGGCAGUUCAGCCCCUAUGCGGCUGCCUCUGCGGGCAAGCAUCUUUCUCCGAUCUAUCUUCUCCAUGGAAAGAGUGAUCAGCUGGUUCCGUGAACACAGGCGCUGAGGAUGCACGAGGCGCUGCGAGAGCAGGGGAUCGCGACGGAGAUUGCCCUACCCGCGGAUGGGUUGCAUCUGUUUGACCUCGGGGCAGGCGGACCGGCUCUCGAUCGCAUGGUUGAAGAAGCGUACCGUUGGUUGGCUUCCUUCCUGCGUGCGUCCGGUUAGAUGGCUGGUUACGUUCUCGAUAUCCUUACUUCUCAGAGAUUAAACACGUUGCAGCCAUCCAGGAAAUCCACUAAAGGCGGUCGAGACCUUACUGCGCACAACUGCUGGGUGACACGACAUUCUGAAGAUAAAGUAUUUUUCAUAUCUCGGGUACACUGUGCUACUAAUCCAGGGUGUGCAUCACUGAAUUCCUUUUGAAUAUCAGAAGUAUGGCCCGGGGUAUUGGACCUAUAUUUGGAUGGGUGGGUCGCAA